AUGGAUCCAGAAUCUUUCAUGCACGACCGCCAGAUCUUCCGCGAGGAUCUGCUAACAUGGGCUAACACACUCAGUGCAGGAUCCGUCGAGGAUAGCGUUUGUAUGGAGAUCAUAGCUGAAAUGGAAGAAAUGAUCAGAGACAUAGAGGUGCUUGGAACACCGCCUCCACUUGGAACUCUUCUAGCCGAAGAUUUCUAUCUAGUGGACUCAUCUUCCGCAGAUGAAGACCGCGAUUUCUGUGAGGGCUAUGAACUGAUUGAUCUGCUCGCCGAAGCAGAAUAUGGCCGUCUUUGUUCUAAAGAUGGUACCAUCAGGGAUACCUUGUCAUGGACUGUUGAACUGCUCAAGAGAAAACAGGCACCGGUCCCUGAUAUUGCGGUCGUUUUGGAUAUGCUCGCUCUGCAUGUUGGAAGACUUCGGUUUACUCGGGUUUCUGAAGGUGUCUUUGUAGAUCCGUAUGCGGAUGAGAUGGAUGAUUUGGCGAGAGCGCAGCACAUGUCGAACCAGAGCUAUGGGAACGAAUAUCUUCGCGCAAUCUGGAAUCGUCUGUAUAGUUGCAUGGACUGUAACUGUGAUAAGUGCAGCACGAGUCCGCGUUGA